GCCCAGAUGUUACCACCUUAUUUCACGAGUCUAUAUAGACUGUUCCUACGAACAAGCUCUGCAUCUGUUCUGCACCAAAGUUCCGCCGUUCGAAAUAUUCGCUCUCUCUGGCGACCAGUAUUUACAGAUGCUGCUCGUGUUAUCAACAAACUACAAACCAACCCUUCGGAUCUCGAGAAAAAUUCACUUCAGAAUCGGCUGAAAGAUUGGGAAACACAAAUGGACCGAACCCUAUCCCUUCUUUAUGCCUCUGCCACCUCUCGUGGUCUUCCGCAUCAACUAACCCGCAAUUUAUCUCAAUUAUACCAUUCAGAGUAUGAACGAAUGUCGAACCGAAAAUAUCCAGUAUGGAAUGCCCAGCUACCUCCCCGUUCCCAUGAGUACCACAUUCCUGCUCCUGACACAACCCCCAAAGCUCUUAACAAGGAAGAAAAGGCGCGUCAGGUGCAGUAUUUGGAGGAUCGUGCGUGGAACGCUCUUGGACUUGCUGUCAGUAUGGCGGAAGGUCGUGAUAAGUUGUCUCUAGGUAGAGUAGUCGUGAAGGGGAAGUUGCGGCAGAAUUGAAGUUUCAGCUGUUACGAUUCGUAUAACGAUUGUUAUCCGUAAAGCUCCAUAUUUGUCCUCAGGAGUUUGCCGCGAACUCGUUUCCAGUUUUUUCUUCUCACCAGCAUUGAAUCUGACCACUCUCCAGCUCUCACGCUCCAUGUUUGUCCAAUAUAGAACGGUACUGGUGAGGCCUCUUUUAUCGCGAGUAUCUUCGAACCCGAAUUUCGACGGUUUAAACGCUUUCAAAGGUUCAAGUGACUGAAUGCCUCCAGGCUUCAAGGUUUAAUAUAAGAGUUGAGCAGGUUGCUCUAUUCAACAGCAACGCAGAUCCUCUCUCACCAGAAUGCUUAGAAGCUUCGAAACGCCCUAAAACACCUA